CUGGUCGGUCAGGUCCUUCAUUUGGACCUGGAAGGACAAUGGCGCAGUGUUAACGCACCAUGGCGGGUCAAAGGGACUACAUUAAGGGACUACAUGACAUGUCUGGAGCUGAACUGCUCACCUGGUUGAACCACAGAGGAGCAAUUACAACACUUUUAAGCAGUUUUCUUUCUGCAGGAGUUUAGGAGAGGAGCUGCGUAAAGUUUUUAGUGUUUUUCAUUUUGUUUCUGGAGACAUCAUGGCUCUGUCCCAGAUCCAGUGCCUGGACAACAACCACGUGAACCCGCGGACGCACGAGUCCAAACCGGAGUUCUUGUACUGCGAGGACCAGCGGCUCGCGCUCGAGGCUUUCCUCCAGGAUGGUCGCGAGGAGUUCGUUAAGUUCCUCGAGGCUCGAGGCGUGCGGGACUUCCUCUCGGACCCGGAGCUCGAGACUCUCGCGGAGCUGGUAGAGCCCUACGACCCGGGCUCCGAGCUCUACCCGGAGGGGUACGAGGCCGAGGAGGAUGGAGACGAGCCGCCGCUGCCGCUGUCGCUGCAAUACUGGCCCGAGCUGUCGGACACGUCCGUCCCGCAGAUGGAUAUCGGCUGGCCGGACUCCGCUGGUUACCGGGGGGUGACGCGCACCACUGUGUACGCGCAGCCGCCGCUGGAGGGUCAGGUGCACAUCAAAGAGGUGGUCCGCAAAAUGAUUGCGCAGGCGCAGAAGGUAAUAGCAGUGGUGAUGGAUGUGUUCACCGAUGUCGACAUCUUCAGGGAUUUGCUAGAUGCUGGUGUCAAGAGGAAGGUUUCGGUCUACAUCCUGUUGGAACGCACAACGCUACCUCAUUUCCGGUCCAUGUGUCAGAGGGCCAACAUGCAUGCCGGGCACCUCAAGCAACUUCGUGUACGCUGCACAGACGGAGCAGAGUUCCACACUCGGUCCUGCACCAAGGUCAGAGGGCGAAUGGGACACAGAUUCAUGUUCGUCGAUGGAGACAAAGCUGUGUCUGGGUCGUACGGUUUCACUUGGAUGUCAUCGCGGCUGGACAAAAGUCUCAUCACCGUGGUUACAGGCCAGGCAGUGGAGGCCUUCGACCGUCUGUUCCGCAUCCUCUACGCGACCUCCAGCUUGGUCGACCUCCGGCAGGUCGCCACGGAGCCUGAACCCGCACUGGAGCCCCUCUCACAGCCGGCCUUGGUGGCCCUCCCUUCUGCUGCUAUGGCUAGGAAAAUGUACAGCCCCAAAUACACCCUGGUUACUUUAGGCAACCCCAGCCCCACCCCUUCUGCCAACUCCAAAGAGACCCAAAAGGACUCCAAGAACCCAGAAAACAAGAAGCGGAGGAGGAAGAGCAAAGAAGCUGUACAGGAGGCUCCUCCCCUCCACCCCGGGCUCACCAAUCUAGAGAAAGUUUGUAUGAUGUCAUACCUGCCCACCUGGCCGGAGCCUGACCCCCCCAGCGACGUGAUUGGGUACAUUAAUAUUCGCGACACCAGAAAACCGAAUCAGGUCCAUCUGCAGAGAUCUGAGAUGUUUGAAACCAGCCAGGCGAUCAGGUUCAGUAGUCCGUUCAGCAUGCCUAAGGAAACCCUGCCAGAGGUCGCCAAGCCCAGACAGCUUUCUGCUAAAAACGAGGAGAUAAAUAAACUCCGACAAUGGCGAGAUAAAGCCAAGGCUGAGGAGUCGGCAAGAGGCAGAGCUCAGCCGACGCAACUCAAUGCAGGGCCUGGGGACAUCAAAAAUAAAGCAGAGGCACCUGGACAGAAAGGACCAAAGUGUGAAUCUGACAAAGACACUACUAAGACUCUCAACACUGAGAACAAACAGUAUUCAAACACACCUACCAACCACGAUGCACACACGCCUCGCCAAUCCAGCAGCAAAGAGUCCACUCCUAACGCUGGGAGGCCUUUACACGCCACACCACAAACUGUCGCCACCCUCCCAGGAUCAAACACUAAAAAUGAAACUCAUUCAAACACACAAUGUGCUGCUGGGUACAGGAUGCAUGCCAUAGAGUCGAGCAGCACACAAGAACCGCACCUGCGUCCUCCCACUGACUGGAACUCAAACACAGAACCACACACACAAACAAAGACGGUGCCGCCACAUACAGAUUCACACACGCGGGCUGUUCACACACAGCCGCACCACUUCUCUGAAAUGACUCCUAACACCCAGACUCCCGCCGUCAACAGCCACACGUCCUCUUCUACUUCUGCCAAGCACUCUCAGUCUGUCAGUUCCACCUCCACCCUUUCUGAAAACAGUCACGUCUCCGUCGCAACAAGCACAACCACCAGUGCCUUUUCUCCUUUGUCCUCCAUUAGCUCUUCUUCUUCCACUCCUCCUCUUACUUCUUCUUCUCCAACUCCCAAUCCUCUCCUCCCUUCUUCCUCAGCAUCCCCACCUUUGACCCCAACCCCUCCCGUCCCUAAACCUCGUACUGUCCAGCUGGUUUUUAAAGGCGGUGUCAUCGGAGACGGCCAGAAGCUGCCAGAGGUCAGCGUUGUCAGGAAGCCUGAGACGAGCACGGUGGUCCACAAUGUAGCAACCGUGACGCAGAAGUUGCCAGAAAAAGUGCCUGAGACUGUCCCAACAGAAGCACAGAAAGAUCCUGAGAGCACAUUGAAUAUCGGAGAAUCUCCACCGCAUAAGCAGAGUGGGACUUCCCAAGAAAGAAAGAAUGAGGAAGCAGAUGAGAGACAACAUCAGAUAGCAGGAAUGCAGUUGGACGCUGGAAACAAAGCCAAGUCAAAUGUUUCAAUUACUGAUGCGCCAAAGGCAGAGAGAGUGAAUAUUCAGGAAACGAUUCCAAAAGAUGCCGAGCCCAAGAUGUUGACGUCAGCAGACUGCAAAUUAACCCCACAGAUAGACGGUGUAGCAACAGUACAGACGGAGUUAAAGUCCCCAGAAAGAGCCCAAGUGCCAAAUGAAAAAAGUGAGAAUGUGACGGAACGUAAAACAUACCUUGCAAGAGCACAUUUACCUCAGAGAAUAUCAUAUAGUGAGCUGACUCCACAAGAUAUAGACGCAUUAGAGACUGUAAAAGCUCCAACACACACUCCUGUUUCUGCCACACACACAUCCAAAGACACACAAGGCCAGCAAAGUAAUCCAAGUUUCACACCGGUACACCGCACAGACAGCAUGCCAAAUACUGCAAAAAAUAACAUCACCUUUCAAGUACAAGUUCCUAAAGCACGGGGGAGCACGCCUGAAGGACCCCUGCGCUUACAUCUCCCUGACAUAUACACGCCCGAUUUCCUUUCGCCGACGCCUGAGAUAGAAUCGCGGUUGCUCACAGCUCUCAUGCGCAGUCCGACUCCGGACGGAUUUCUUCCACGCACGCCCACCCCAGACUCGCAAAUGCACACGCCGGAUCCGCGGCCAUACACUCCAGAUUUUCGGACGCCUACGUCCGACGGGUACGCUUCAUCGAGGGCGGGCUCCGCUCUCUCCACCACCUCAGACGAGUACUACGAAUGUUGCGACUCUCCUCUCAACGAGCCUUAUUUCGCUUUCCGCAACCACGGGACGACAGAGGAUCACGUCAGCUUCACAAAUACUCCUAACGUUACAGCCAACAUCACAAGUCCUGCAUACUUAAAUUCUAACACUCAUGCUGCUUCAUUAGGCACAACAGACAGUAAUUCCUCCAGUCUGUCUGGGUCUGCUAGUGUCUCCUCUUUGUCUUCUUUACUUGAGAGGAAAGUGAAAAUGGAGGAGGAAACGGAAACCGCAAAUGAAGAAAAUGGGAGAGACGAGGAUGAAGAGGGGAGGAAAGGAGAGAGGAGGACAGAGGGAGGUUACCAGGAGACCGAGAGGAGAGGCAGCGAGGAGGACGCUAAGAGAACAGCAGAGACAGAAGAAAAAAACAAGGAGGCCCAAACCCAAGUCCCUAAAAGAAAGAGGGUGCCAAACCAAUCAGCAGCAGAGAAACGGGUCGACGGAAGAGUGACUCCACGAGAAUUAUCCAAUGAGAGGACAGGGCCAAAGCGAAAGUCCACAGGUGACCUUCAACCAAAGAAGACUUCUUCUGAGAGAAAGAGACCAGACAGAGAGAAGGCGGUGGACAAGGCGGCGGACAAGGCGGCACUAGGAUCCAGCAGCGUGGAGAGGAGGGAGAGACCAAAGUCAACUGACAUACAGAAGCUUUUGCAUACUCCUCCCAGAACUCCUCCCAGAACUUCACGAGGACUGCAGCAAGACAGCGCACCGGCCUCCCCUUCCCGACCAUCCAGACCCGCUCGACCCGUCGCAACCAACCAGGCUUUGGGGUCCCGUCCCUCGGGAAGCCGUCAGCUGAACCACGCAGAAAGCAAAGCAAUCCACGGUAGUCUCCAGGCCUUGAAUAAUGUCUCAUCUCCUCGCAGACCGCCGUCCAGACCGCCUGCUCCAGCGACAGCGGGCGCUGUCGGGUCAGCGGCUGGGCGGAAGCAGGCCGAAGUCUCUCAGAGCCACCAGAGCCUCCUCUCUCGCCAGCCUCCUGCAGCGCAGGGCCGGACGAGAGCCGGGCAGUCGCAGAGUCAACAUCCCUACCCAAAACCCCAGGCCUCCUUUCUCCACACGCACUCUAACAGAGAGGAGCAGCUCCAACCUCAUUCCCAGAAGCAGACGGUAACACAGCGGGAAACACAUUGGCAGGAGGAAGGAAAGGCUCCAUUUAGCUUCUCUUUUAGCAAGCUGUACAGCCUGAAGGGCCUGAAGGAUAAGAUGAGCAAGCUGCCAGCACAGAGCAAGAGAGGUGGCGCCAGCUCUCCGGGACUGGGGCGCAAGAGCACGAGCUAGUCUGGAACCGUCAUUCUGACAUCAAUUUUUAUGUUACUCUAACACAUCAAGCCAAAGAAAAGGCAGGUUAAAAUAAAGAAUUAAGAUGGUUCUCCUCACCUCCAAGAGAAACGCUUGACUUGACCCAGUUUGUGUGAAAGAAAUGCCAAAAAUAGCAUCUUAUUUGGCUCUGCCCCACCCUUUUCACCCUUGGGUUACUUCUUGCUGACGCUUUUAGUGUAUAUCUCAAGUUUGACCUUUGACCUAUGAUUCGUGGAAUUGGCCUGCUCCUGUCUCGUCUGAUGGAGGACACAGAUUAAGUUAUUUUCCACAUGGCAGUGUUAAACCUCUCCUGUGCAUGAUGUUGCUCAUAUACUGGAACCAAACAGAGAGCGAUUGGACAGGUGGUUUCCUUUUUCUCUUGGCUUCUCAUUUCUAGAGAUGAUUCGUAUUCAUGUUGCUGCAUGUCAAACUUUUGAAAUUGUUUUUCAUGUUGAAAAUCCAGCUGCCUUUUUCUGGCUGAACACGGAGCUUUGUGCUUUAGGAGGUCGUGACCUCUGAUGCUGUCGACGGCCUUGACAUCUGGAGUGGAGUUUUGUUGCUUCCUCACCCACCUGGACUUGAACAACUGAACAAUGGAGUUGUUUGUAAACUAUUUUUAUGUGAACAUUUGGAUAUUAAAUGUUCAAAUUGUUUGUAUGACCAAAGAAAAUAAACACCAGGUACAUGUGUAAAGCGUGUAUAAACCCAGAAGUUUGCCUUUUACAUGCUGCAAAUCAGAUAGGCUGCUUUGACUUCAAUCGACUGUACGUAUACUAGGGAUGCAAAGAUACCUGAUCAGAUAUCGGGACGAUACCGACUCAAAUAGUUGGGUCGGGUAUUGGUGAUAAUGGGGCCGAUCUAUUAAAUUUAGUCCUAUCUUUAUAUACUAAAUACAUUAUAUACUGGAAUUUUAAUUCCUGUUUAAGUUUUGACCAAUUUGUUGCUGCAUU